AAUGAAUAUAAAGAAAAUGAAAAUCUUGCUUGUACUUCUCUGAGACCGAUACAGAUUACAACUUUAAGGAAAACAGCUAAGGUUUAUCUUUACCCAUUUUCGCUCAGCAAUUCCAAGCUAGGUCUAUUUAAGUUGUCCAAAUCCUCAGUUGAAAAUAAUUCUAGCAGAUCAGUGGCCCAUAAGAAGACAGAUCAGAAGAAAACUUGUAGAAAGGUUUUAACUUCAAAAAUGAAGGCCUUCUCUUCCAAGGCUGAGUCCCUCCUGCUGGGCCCAUCCUUGGGUGCUUAUACUGAGAGUAUUGAGCUGGGACCCAGGAGCACCUCUGCUUCAGUGGCUCUCAGUGUGGACGUGGGAAGCAGUGAGGAAGACAGCGCACCAGACCUGGAUGAAUUUUCAGGAUUGUCACCUUAUGAGAAGAAGAGAAUGAAGAACAUCCGAGAAAAUGCAAACUUUUUUGCUUCCCUUCAGUUAGCUGAGUCAGCUGCAAGGCUCCGUGGAAUGAUAAAGAAGAGCGAGCCACCUGAAUCAAAGAGAAAGAGGCCUAAGAAGAAAGAAAAUGAAAUCGGAUGUCGAAGGUCUAUGCGGUUGUUGAAAGUAGACCCUUUGGGAGUUUCAUUACCAGCAUCUCCAACCCAGCCAACAUUAGUAGAAGAAGAAAAUCCUUUGUUACCUCCUGGACCCUUAGAAAUGAUUCCUGAAAACCAAGGGGACAGCAGUGAACUGUUCAAAGCAUCUUUGAAGACAUGGGCAGAGAUGAGCCAGACAAGUAAUGAGAAGACCAAGAAGGAGCUAUCUAGUAUUAAAGGCUACAAAGCCAAUUUACGUGGUAUGGUUAUCAGUGAAGCGACUGUCCGUAAGGUGACCAGUGGAGCGAUCACCUCUGUGGCCCUCCAUCCAUCAGAAGUGAGAACCUUGGUAGCAGCUGGGGCCAAGUCUGGACAAGUUGGACUUUGGGAUUUGACCCAGCAGAGUGAAGAUGGGAUGUACGUUUUCUAUCCUCACAGUCAGCCUGUUAGCUGCCUUUCCUUCUCACCCACCAACCCUGCCCACCUACUGUCCCUGAGCUAUGAUGGAACACUGCGGUGUGGGGAUUUUUCCAGUGCUGUUUUUGAAGAGGUGUACAGGAAUGAGACAAACAGCCUGUCUUCCUUCGACUUCUUGGACGAUGCCUCCAGUCUGCUAGUGGGACACUGGGAUGGACAUUUGUCACUGGUAGAUAGACGCACACCUGGAACCUCUUAUGAGAAGUUUUUUAAUUCAUCUUUGGAAAAAAUAAGAACUGUUCAUGUCCACCCAUUAUCCAGACAGUAUUUUAUCACGGCAGGAUUGAGGGACGUUCAUGUUUAUGAUGCCAGGUGCCUGAAGUCCAAGGGAAGCCAGCCUUUGAUCUCCUUGACUGAGCACUCCAAAAGCAUCGCCUCUGCGUAUUUCUCCCCUGUUACUGGUAACAGAGUGGUGACCACAUGUGCUGACUGUAAGCUCAGGGUCUUUGACAGCAGCUCCAUAUCUUCCCAGUUUCCUCUCCUCAGUACCAUCAGGCACAACACUUUCACUGGGAGGUGGCUAACGAGGUUCCAGGCCGUGUGGGACCCUAAACAAGAAGAUUGCUUCGUAGUUGGUAGCAUGGCCCAACCACGACGGGUGGAGGUCUUCCACGAGACGGGAAAGAAUGUGCAUUCUCUUUGGGGAGAAUGUCUUGUAUCUGUGUGCUCCCUCAGCGCUGUGCAUCCUACUCGAUACAUUCUGGCUGGAGGUAAUUCCAGUGGCAGGUUACAUGUUUUUAUGCAUCAAGAAACCCGAGUUCUUGAAUAGGUUCAACAAAUCGUUCAAAUUGUUCUGUAGCUAAGGAACCUAGAGACUCAGCUUAGUGCAUCUGUUUGGUCAUGUGUUAUAUUUAGUAAAUAAAACAUUACUUUCUCAGUGAGACUUCCAUGCAGAAUGUAGUAUUAGCAAGGGAGGAACUUGAAGGGCAUUUCUAGAGGAUGAGGGAGAGACCUGAAGCAGAAACUGGGGUGCUUUCAAGUACUUUUUAACACUGGACUAGAUCCUAAAAGACUAUCUAAAUUUAAUUAUUGAACCCCAGAGACUGUUACAUGCUAGACAAGUAUUCUACAAUUGACUCAUACCCCUUUGAAACUUCAAUGUUUGUUUUGCUUUGUUCUUGAGACUGGAGCUUGCUGUGGAGCCCAGGUUAGUUUGGAACUUAGUCCUCACUUUUGCCUCACUUUUCCAAGUGCUACGACUAUAGGUAUGUAUAUCAUGCCAGCCAGAGCUUAGUUUUAUAAGCUAAGAACUUUUGGGGGUGUCCUUGUAUCUCAGUUCAGUGUUACUUUAAUCUACGAUAAUCGCUGGAGGACAGUUGGCCUCUGUGCCUCAGGCCUGCUUGGAGCUCUCUCUGGGCCCUGCCGGGUUAGUCCUGAACUGGGCCAGGACAGUACUGUUGGGACUUGUACCAUUGCCCUGUAUUCUACCCAAUACCUGCACAGACUGGGCUCCAGACGAGGGGUUUGCAGCUUUUCACAUGAAAUUAAUAACCCUAGUGUAGUGAUAGUUUUGGAGUUUUGAUUUCUUUAAAAACACAGAAAUGUAACUAUUUUUGUUUUAAUCCCACAAUAUAGGGCUGCUUCAGAUUGUCCACAGCAGGUGACUAUACCCCCUGCUCUUGCAGGGGUGUGGCCGUGCCAGCCUCAGAUAGUUCCAGCAAUUUUGUGAGAUUUGGAAUUCUGGGAACUUUUUAGAGGAUACAUAAAUGCUAGAGUCCCAAUAGACAGGGUGGGUGGGUGGUCGUUCAGGGGGAUUGGCUGUGAUUUGUUAGGAGUCGUGCUCACAGAAGAAGCAGAAGGGAAGGGAUUGGAUUCAGGGAUCUCCCUCACCCCACUCCCCCCCCCCCCUUUUUUUUUUUUGAGACAGGGUUUCUCAAGGAGCUCAAGUCACUGCUGUGCACAGUUUGAAGCAGCCCAUACCCCACACCCUGGAUGUUCAGUGUUUGUUUUUUUAAAGAAACAAAAAUUCUAGAAUUCUUACUCCACCCUAGCACUUGAGAAGUAGAAGCAGGAGAACUGAGUUCGAGGCCAGUGCAGCGCGCCUUCCCUUCCCCAAUCAGUAAAGCACACAAAGUAAAAAUUAUCAUAUUUUUAUUUUUUAGAGUACUUUAAAAUAAAACUUAGCUUCAUAUGCAUAUAUGUACAUAUGAUAUACCUUUAUAUAUAUUCUGUUGAAUCAGUGGCAUGGUGUCACAGUGUUUUCAACAUUUUUCCAUUGUUAUUUGCCAAAGUUACUAUUGAAGGAUUUAUAAAUAAAUAGCUUAAGUGGUAUGUUUGGAUUGUAAAAGGGAAUACUCAAUUAUAGGUCAGAGAAAUAAAGUGAUACAAAUUUUCCUUGAAUAA